GACCUGUCCAAAACGAUCUCUCAACAAUGGCGUUCGCUGUCUGCGGAGGAACGUAAAUACUGGGACGACCUCGCGAAGCAGAGGAAGAAGGAGCACGAGGAGAUGUACCCAUGGUACGUCUAUCAGCCCUCGCGAUCUGAUAAGAGCAAGAAGGGAAAG